GGGGGGGGGGUUGGUGCUGCCGCCUUGAACGGUAGAUUGCUUUCCCUCAGGAAAGGGCCAUGGCGAGCUCGACUAAUACAAACCCCGUGCCUAAACUGUAUAGAUCAGUAAUUGAAGAUGUUAUCAAUGAUGUCCGAGAAGUCUUUCUGGAUGCAAGUGUUGAUGAGCAAGUCCUUGUGGAACUAAAAACACUCUGGGAAAACAAACUGCUCCAGUCCAAGGCUGUAGAUGGAUUUCAUUCAGAGGAACAGCAGCUUUUGUUGCAAGCACAACAGCAACAACAACAGCAGCAACAUCAGCAACAACACCAACAUCAUCCACCACAGCAACAUGUCCAUCAUCACCAUCACCCACCACAGCAACAACAACAAACAGUUCAGCAGUCCCAGGCACAGCAAGUCCUUAUUCCUGCUACACAGCAAGCUCCUCAACAACAAGUUAUUGUGCCAGAUCCCAAGCUAAUGCACAUGAAUACAUCAGGCAUGAGUGCUGCUGCUACUGCAGCUACCUUGGCUUUGCCUGCUGGUGUUACUCCGGUUCAGCAGAUACUGACAAAUUCAGGCCAAAUUCUACAGGUGGUUAGAACUGCUAAUGGUGCUCAGUACAUCAUUCAGCCCCAGCAGCAAGUUGUCCUGCAGCAGCAAGUAAUACCACAGAUGCAACCUGGUGGGGUGCAGUCACCUGUUAUUCAGCAGGUUUUGGCUCCCAUUCCUGGAGGGCUCUCACAGCAAACUGGUGUGAUUAUCCAACCCCAGCAAAUCUUAUUUACUGGAAACAAAACCCAGGUAAUCCCUACAACCAUGGCUGCACCCACACAAGCACAGGCCCAGAUUUCGGCGGCAGGGCAGCAGCAAGUUCAACAGCAACCAGCACAGCCGCAAGCACCUUUAGUGUUACAGGUGGAUGGAGCAGGGGAUACAUCGUCUGAAGAAGAUGAAGAGGAAGAAGAAGAUUAUGAUGAUGAUGAAGAGGAGGAUAAAGAAAAGGAUGGAGGUGAAGAUGGCCAGGUUGAAGAGGAACCUCUCAAUAGUGAAGAUGAUGUUAGCGAUGAAGAAGGCCAGGAACUCUUUGACACCGAGAAUGUUGUUGUGUGCCAAUAUGACAAGAUUCAUAGAAGUAAGAACAAGUGGAAGUUUCACCUCAAAGAUGGAAUCAUGAAUCUUAAUGGAAGAGAUUAUGUUUUUUCCAAAGCCAUUGGAGAUGCAGAAUGGUGAAAUUUACACAAAACAAACUCAAAAGCAAAAAAAUGGGAAAGGUUGAGAUUUGGACAUACACGUUGACAGAAAUCUCUAUCUGUGCGCCUGAAGGAACAGUAGAACUGAGACUACUAGGAGAAAUGGCAAUGUUGACACUACUUCAAUUGGGAAAACUGGGGCAUUGGUGCAGAUAGCUAUGCCUGAAAGCUGGUUUUGUAUUAAUAUCUUAAUUAACCAAUUCUACCAAUAGAUAAAGAAAUAACUAGCAUGUGAUGCUUAAUCUCCCCUUCCACUGAUUUGAAGGAACUCUCUUUUUUGGUAACAAUACUAUGGGAAAAGCUUAGUGUGUGUAUGCGUAUAAAUUGUGCUGAACCAUUCCUUCUCGGAGUGGAGUUGGAAAGAGCCUUGCUUAAACUGUUGAGAAAGUCUCUAACCAGUUGGUAAGGACAGAGUUGUCCAAGGUUUGGAUUACUUUGGAUGAGUAAACUAUUUGGAAAUUUCUUGUGCUGAGUCAUUCAUAAUUUUAGCAACAGAUUUAGGCCCUUUAUAUAAAUUGUAAUCCUGGUACCAAAAGAUCUUGAUUGUAUCUCAAAUGUAAUCAUUCUCAAGCUUUCAUUUUUGAAAAAGGAUGUUGUGCUUUAAAGAAACCCGUAAAUGGAAGCUGUUUGGUUCCGAUGUCUCGGUCUCCCUGCUGUCUUCCAAAAGGUCUUUAGAGGAAGAUCGGACAAAGUGAAUAUACAUUGAAUUGUUGCUAGUCAGAACUCAAUCUUCUGUAAAUAAUUUCACUGUUUAACUUAAGACGUAUUUUUAUUGCCAUGUGAAUGUACGCGGCUGGCAAUGAAAUCAGAAGUUGUAGGUGACUAUGCACUUUGGAAAAGGGUCUGCAGCAUUGAAAGAGCUUCCAACUUUCCCUCGGUAAUUAAAUAAUGUUCGUAACAUGAACAGAAUCACAGUAGCUGUAAUAAUUGAACAAAGUCAUAAUUUAAACAGAUAGCAGAAAUUGGUUGUUGAGUAAUUUCUCUUUGUUGCUGUGGCAAGGCUCUGUAGAAACUAUGCAUUCAGGAAUCUAGGUUCGGUUCACUGUGGUGGGGUUUUGGCAAGUUGCAAUUAUAUUGAAGGAAACAUGCAUUUCCAGAUGGUAUGCCAUUGCAAGAUCUAGUUGAAGUAUGCCACCCACUUAACAGCAAAGAGAAGAAGCCAUGAAGGGAUGAGUUGACCAACGGAGUCUACAGAGUAGCAAUUACUCACUUUCCCCUUUUCCGAUAUUUAUGUUGUGAAAAACAAAACCUUUUUGGGGUGUUUUUGUUAAACAAAAUUGCCAGUGCAAUUUAAUCAGAACUAAAUACUAUCUUUUUUUUCUUUUCCUCCCAAAGUAUUUCUUUGCAUUUCGAUUCAAAUGCAUUCGUCUUGCUGUUCACAGGAAAUCCACUGUACGUAGCAGUUAGGCUUUCUACAUCCAGGGUCUUGGUGAAGGUGACCUAAUUCAUUGCUUUACUCGCAGUGGCAUUCAUAAGGCAUCCAAGUCCCAUAUACUAUGUAAACAUCAUGGCAGAUUUUGAAUUCUGUUUAUCUUCAUUUCUGACUGCAAUCUUUUGAUGGCAGAGGAGGUUUUUAAAUCUAAAAUUAAACAUGUGUGGGCAUCAUUUUCCCAUUGUGUAAAACAUACCACUAGUUUACAUGCCAGGUUUGUGACAACAUUGAGAUGGUUUGCCAUUUCCCCUUCUGUACGUUGUGGCCUGUUCACAGUAUCUUCUGGCCUUUUAGUUUGGUUAAACACAGGCUUAAAACCAGGCCAGAAAUACUGCACUGUGAAAUCCCUGUUGGUCACAGUUACCUAUUUCUUACUGGAACCCAGACACUGUACAAAUGACUGAGCAUUGUGUACAUAAUGGGCACUGAAAAGCGCUGCUUGUCUCUUGCCUUUUUAUUUAUUUUAAAGGAAACCACAGCUUUAAAAGUGACUUAGGUAGGUCUGUCUGGAUGCAGGCGUGGUGUCUUGUGAAUCGAUUAUGGGAUAUGUGCUUUGGUUGAUGAGGAGGGUGUUCGUGAAAGGACCGAGAAAGUUCUUCUCAAAGCCAGUCACAUACCAAACUUGUGCUCUUACUUGCUUCAAGUGUUCCUUUUUUAAAAUCAAAAAGCAUGUUUUUAAUUUCAUUUUAUCGUAGCAGCUUGCUAUAAGAAUAUAGUUUGCUUACACUUAUUAUUGUACUUGAAUUUUAAUCAUGGUUUUAACAAUGUAAUUCAGCAGAUCGUUUUGUUAAGUUUCCAUUGAAAUCAUCAUUCCUUUGGGAAGGCAAGGGAUUCCCACAGUUAGUCCUUCAGCUAUAUGUAUACUUGAUUUUGUUGUUGCUUAGGCGUGAAAUUAGUUUCCAUUUAAAUAGUUCAGUAUCUUGACUUUCUGAAGCAAUUAACGGUUUGCAAGAAGGGCUUAUGUUUAGAUUUGCACAGAUAACAGGAGCACCUUUUUAAACUUUUAAGAUGGAGAAAGCAACUUCUAAAGACUUGAGACAAUGGGAGAUUUACAAGUGAUACACAAAGGUGAGGGUCUUGUGCCUUUGCAGUCUUCAGAUAUUUCUGUUUUGUGGUAGAUUCCCUACAGAGCUUCAAGUGUAACUUAACAUUUUGAGUGUAAUCUUACUGGUUUUCUAGAAUGUGCAAUCACUUGAAACAUCUAUGUUAAAUCUUGCUUUUAAGGCUUUGGAUACUGUCAUGAAGAACUUUAUAUUGGGCUAUUUAAAGUUAAAGUGUGUAAGGUGUCUUCUCACCCCACCCCCUCUUCUGGCUCUGUAGUGGCAGUCUUAAGUUUUUAUCUCCCUUGCUCCUCUCCUAUAUUGGAGUCUGCUUUUUGUCAUUUCCCUGAACAUGAAUCAUGAUUUCACAAAUAGUUGCCAUUUUAGCUGUCUUCUCAAGAAGAUUGAAGCACAGCUGCCACAAAAAGCAAAUAACAUGUAACAAUUGAUAUAACCGAACUCCAGUGAUACUUUUAAAAGUUGAUAGCACCACUGGGUUUUUUUGUUUCUGGUCUUUAUCCACACACUGAACAGCAAUAAUCCCUAUAGAGUAAUUACUAUCACCACUGAAAAAACUCUAGUUCUAGUGCAGAAGGCAAAAAUAGUCUUUUCACAGUGAAAUGCUUGCUCUUCUGCUUGACAACAAGCCCUCUUGCCUUGAUUUUUCUAAAAAAAAAUCAGAUAUAAUUGGUUGUGUGUAACUCCAUAGCAUACUUUGUUCUGUCUUAUACACAUUUUUAAACUGAAAGGAGCUAGAGCAGGCUUGAUCUGAAUUAAAUACCCAUUUUUAGAAAAUAGAAGAAUCGGAUGCUGAGAAAUUAGUUUUCUUGGCUGUCACAAGACCAUUUGUUUGUUUGCAGAGCUUUCCUUGAUUUGGAUUUUAGAAAAUGAAACAUUUUUUCAGAGUGGAUUAAUAUACGAAGGCUGCCCUUGAGUCGGAGUAUCACACAUUCAUUUCCUCCUGUGUGCCUAUGGUACCAAAACAAUAUAGGGGAGUGGGAAAUAUCCUUAGUUGCUGUUCUGAGCUACAAUUGUCAACUGCUGUUGUACAUAUACUGUUCUGUGUAAGGGGGUAAAUAUAUUUAUUAUGUUUGUAAAAUUCUGUGUGUACAAUUGAAGAUCAAGGAUCAAGGACUUCCUGGGAUGUACACGAUGUGUUUCAAAGACCAUGCUUGGAACGCAAUUAGAAAACUUAGUAUUUUGAUGUACUAAGACCUAUUUUAAGUUUAAUAUUUUGCCUUUGCAAAAAAUUAAAGAUGUUAUUUAAAAUAAGCUUGCCACUUUUAUUUACUACUUUGUGUAUUAAAAUACCUUUAUGUGUAA